UCUUGUGUAGUUGAGAUGGCGUCACACAUAUCCAGGAAGAGGAAGAUGAAUAUUUUAACUGCACUUUCUAAAAUGUGAAAACUGUAGCCGCUUGACACUUUAAGCUACUGAUAUUUUUGUCAUUUGGGUGUCGACACUCAGACAUUGCAGUGUGAAAUCACUAUGGUGAUCGCCACUCGUAAUAUCUCUUCCUCUGAUCUUGGUGAUCAUGACUGCGGGGGUUGAUGGUCAACAGUAUUGGACAGUGAAUUACAGUCCUUCAUAUGUUUGUGCAUUAAAGGGAUCAACAGUGAAACUAUCCUGUGCUUUAAACUAUACACAUGAUCAUGAGCUCAGAACAGUCUUCUGGACCAAACCUGCUGUAACUGAUGGAGAUCCACCGAACCUGUGUUUAGACCCAGAAAACAGAGGAAGAGUUCAUUGUGACAGUGAAGAUAAAGACACUUACAGAAUCAAUUGGACGAGUGUAACAGAAGCUGAUAAACACAUCUACUACUGCAGAUUCACUACAAACAGAGGAAGAUGGACAGGGAUUCCUGGAGCUCAGCUGGACGUCACAGAUCUGCAGGUGGAGACACAGCAGAGUGUGAAAGAGAGAGAUUCAGUCACUCUGACAUGUAAAAGCAGCUGCUCUCUGCCUCAACAAACAACAUUUAUCUGGUUCAGAAACACACAGAGAUUAACUACAGGAAUCAUCACAGAGAAUCAGCUUCAGGCUGCAGUCAGUCAGUCUUCAACGAUUCAGGAAACUAUCAGUGUGGCUGUUUCAGAAUAUCAACAUCUGAAGUCUCCACCUGUUUUAUCUUCAACUGGUUUUAAGGAGAAUCAAAGCUCAGCUGUUGGAUCUGGACAGAAUUUCAUCAUCUCCAGCUUUAACUCCAGUCACAGCGGACGCUACUAUUGUGAGGCUCAGAAUAAACACGGAUCUCAGAGAUCAGCGUCUGUUUCAGUCUCUGUUAAAGGGUUUCAGAGAGCUGCUCUGCACACAGUUACUGGGAUUGUGGUGGGAUGUGGAGGAUUGAUCUUCAUCAUCAUCAUCAUCAUCAUUGUGUUCAUAAGAUGGCUGACUGGAUCUGCUGACUCCAGAGCUCCUGAUGACACCUACACGGCUCUCCAGCUUCAGUCCAGAUCUUCUGAAUAUGAGACUCUAGCAGGAGCUUCAGCAGAUCCUCAUUAA